AAAGCCAAAAUGAAAUCCGAUUUGAAGUCCGUCCCUAUGGACAUUUACAAGAAGAACAAAACUGAGGAGCCUUGAAACUCAUUUAUGGUUAGAUUUUGAAAUCCAUUAAUCCUGUUAUUGUUUUUUCCCCUUUUCUUUAGUUUUGUUAGUUGUUGUUGAUGGGCCAAUUAGUUUCGGCGGCGAAGCUGAGGAGCCGUCGAGAUUGGGACCAUCGCCAACGGUCAAAACCGAAAUCAACGGCCCUGAUCUGUCCGAUGCAAGCUGAGGAAGCUGAAGAGCUUGAUCGAACUAGCAUAGAUGGAUCCUCCGAUUUCAUCUCUGAUCUUCCCGACGAGUGUCUGGCUUGUAUUUUUCAGUCUCUUAGUACCGGUGACCGUAAACGAUGCUCUCUCGUUUGCCGGCGGUGGUUGGUCAUCGAAGGACAGAGCCGUCACCGGCUCUCUCUCAACGCACAAUCAGAUCUGCACCCUCUGAUUCCUUCUAUCUUCUCUCGCUUCGAUGCCGUUACGAAACUGGCUCUCAAAUGUGACCGUAGAUCGGUCAGCAUCGGCGAUGAAGCGCUUGUUCUAAUCUCCGAGCGUUGCCGGAACAUGACUCGCCUUAAGCUCCGAGCUUGCCGUGACUUGACCGAUGCAGGAAUGUCCGCGUUCGCUAAAAACUGCAGGAGUCUAAAGAAACUCUCCUGUGGUUCUUGCACUUUUGGAGCCAAGGGCAUGAAUGCCGUGCUAGACAACUGUCCAGCUCUCGAGGAACUCUCCGUGAAACGACUUCGUGGCAUCACCGACGGCGCUGCAGCUGAGCCGAUUGGGCCUGGUGUGGCGGCGGCGGCUUUGAAAACUAUUUGCUUAAAAGAGCUUUAUAAUGGGCAGUGUUUUGGUCCGCUUAUUAUUGGUGCGAAGAAUCUGAGAUCUUUAAAACUUUUUAGAUGCUCUGGUGAUUGGGAUAAGCUUUUCCCUCUCAUAGUUGAACGGGUCACGGGCUUGGUAGAGAUCCAUAUGGAGCGGAUCCAAGUCAGCGAUGUCGGUCUUGCGGCCAUAUCCAACUGUUUAAACCUGGAAAUUCUUCACCUUGUUAAGACUCCCGAGUGUUCUAAUUUCGGACUAGCAGCUGUUGCAGAGAAAUGUAAAUUGUUAAGGAAACUUCAUGUUGAUGGAUGGAAAGCAAAUCGGAUAGGUGAUCAAGGAUUAAUUGUUGUUGCAAAAUCUUGCCCCAAUUUGCAAGAAUUAGUUCUUAUUGGUGUUAAUCCCACCAAACUGAGUUUGGAAAUGCUAGCUUCAGAUUGUCUGAAUUUGGAACGACUAGCCUUAUGUGGUAGUGAUACAGUUGGUGAUGCUGAGAUAUCAUGUAUUGCCAUGAAAUGUUUAGCUUUAAAGAAGCUUUGUAUUAAAAACUGCCCUAUUUCAGAUUGUGGAAUGGAAGCACUUGGUACUGGUUGCCCUAAUUUGAUUAAAGUGAAGGUGAAGAAAUGUAGAGGAGUUACUUCUGAAGGCGCUGAUUGUUUAAGAGCAAUUAGAGGAUCGCUCGCUGUUAAUUUGGAUAUUGGCGAACAAUUAGCUGCAAGUGCUAGUGAUGUUGGGGCACAAAAUCAUGGAGUUGAAUUUCCUCCUAUGGUGGCCGGUCAAAUUGGAGCUCCUAGUAUUGCUUCGAGCAGCACAGUUCGAUCGACCUCGUUUAAGUUUCUAGGGCUUUUGGGUGGGAGGAGUUUCAUGGCAUGUACUUUGAGGAGGUUAGCAAGUACUAAUGGCAGUUCUCGGAGUUAACUUGAAAUGUUUACAUUAUUUUUUUGUAUUGUGUAUUUAAUUCAAUUCUGUGUGCUGAUGAUUUCCUUUUGAAUUCAAUCUUCAAUUUCAACUCGAUAAUUCCAGUUUAUCUUCAUUUAUUUCUGUUGGUUCUAAGUUUCUUUAUUUAGCAAUUAGCAAGCUGUCUGUGUCUUCAUUCUUCAUAAAUGUAGUUAUCCUGUACUGGAAUUUAAA